AUGAAGGUGCUGUUAAGGAAUUUUCGUCAUUUGCUCCAAAUUACCACAAAAGAAAAAUUAUUGUUAGAUGCUAUUCGCCGUCAGGGAAAUUUUGUUAGUUCCUUAUCAACUAAUAAUAUAAGACCUGUACGAAGACCCAAGGAAGCUGAAGAUGUAGAUACAUCAUUAUUUGUUUCUUGCCCCGAUUGCAUGGGAUUCUUUAGAAGAACGUAUUUAAGAAGACAUAGAAAGCAAUGUUCUGCCAGAUCUAAAUGUAAAACUGUCAAACGUGAAAAUCAUUUAUCUUUAUCACAAGUAUUCACUGUAUGUUCAGGUGUACACGGUGAUUUUCUUGCUUCUUUGCGUUUAAAAAAAGAAGUUUUUCCAAUUAUGCGAAGUGACGAGAUUUCAAGAACUGCUAUGAAAGAUAUGCUCAUUUGCUCAUAUGCUGAAAGCUUGCUAAGAAAGCACAAGCGUGCUCAAAUAAGAAAUGUUAUCUCAAAUAAAAUGAGAGAAUUGGGACGACUUCUUAUAAGUUUGAGAAAUACAACUGGAAUUCAACUACUAUUUGAUGCUUUGAAACCACAGUUUUUUGAUAAUAUUGUCGGAGCUGUAAAAGUUAUUAGCGGAUAUUGUGAAGAAACCAAAACCUUUCAAGCGAGCAGUUUGGCACUACACAUGGGGACCACGCUUAAACAAGUUUGUGACAUAGCUACAAAGAAUAUUAUACAGAAAAGUCCUAUUAUAAUCUGUACUACUGCCGAAGAAAGUCUUAAAGACAUUAAGCGUUUAAAAAAUCUUAUUGAAAACCAUUGGACAUCUGAGAUUUCAAGCCUUGCACUGAAAAAUUUAAAGGAAAAUAAUUAUGUUUCUCCAAAAUUGUUGCCAUUGACCCAAGAUGUUAUAAAAUUCCAAACUUUUGUAAUGAACGAAGCCCAUGAAGCUUCAGAUGCAUUGAAGAAGAAUAUCCACAUUAAGUUGAACUAUCGAAAGCUGAUCGAGUCUGUCUUAGCAUUGACAUUAUUAAUAAAUAGAAAGCGCAUUGGGGAAAUUCAGUACCUAAAAACCGAGACUUAUAAUUCAACAGUCAGUGAAAACCAGCAAACCGAGUUUCUAGAUUGUCUUUCAAAAACUGAACAAACUUUGUGCAAGAAUUACAAAAGAGUAGUGACCGGUGGAAAAGGAAGCAGACCUGUUGCAAUUUUAUUUCCACCGGACCUUCAGAAAUUCAUUGAACUUCUUCUAAGUUUCCGAAGUAUUUGUGUGACUCCGACAAAUCCGUAUUUAUUUGGUAAUCCUAACACAGAGCUGUGGUUGAGUGGCUAUCAUAUUGUGAAAAAGCUGGCGACAAAAGCUGAUGUUUCGGAUACAACUCUGUUUACAUCAACCCGUUUAAGAAAACAAAUUGCCACAUUAUUGCAAGCAAUCAAUAUUAAGGAUGACGAAAUGGAACAGUUUGCUACUUUCAUGGGACACACCAAAAAAACACAUGAAUCGUAUUAUAGGCUUCCUCAAGACUUGUAUCAGACAGCAAAAGUUGCCAAAUUACUUAUCGCUGUUAAUAGUGGACAAGUAGCAAAGUAUAAAGGAAAAUCCCUUGACGAAAUAACUUUGUCAGACAAUGAAUCAUUGCUGGAUGAGACUGAAGCAGAAAAACCUUUAUUUCAUGAUCAAAAUAUUAAUGAAAAUGAAAUAGAAGAGACGUGGGAACAGCAAUUCGGAGAACACGCAAUGAAAAAUGCGGUAUUAGAAUCAAUAUUUGUAAUUUUUGAGUCCAAUUCAGGAAACGCAGAAAGAAUAGUAUCAGCAACUCUUAAAUCAUUUACCCUUAACUGGCCCGGUAGUAGUAACGUAACUGGUCCUGCAUAG